UUUCCUUGAGAGCUAUCCACGGCACAAUGUCUAACGAUAACUUGCUAAGGCCAGAAGUCCCUCGCCGUUCCCGCUCCAACGAAGGCCCAGCUCGACAGGCCACCAACGCCAAUAACGACCUUAGUCUGCCGCCACCGCGCCCGGACGUCCCAUCAUUGCCUCCACGAUCUCUUCGCCCCUCCUACCGGACCCUACACGUCCUCGCGGGCCCGCACUGCGACGAACCUAGUACGCCUUCGUGCCCCGUCAACGCCGAAUCACCUCCGGCAGCGGCACCAGUAUCGCAGAAGAAAGGCCACAGCGCACCGCUGAACGCGUUCAUGUUCUGGAAAAGACAUCUUUUGGACCUGGUGCCGAAGUACCUACCCCAGGCUCGGCUUUCACAAAUGGCGGGCCACAUCUGGAGGCAGUUCUCACAAGAGGAGAAAACGCUAUGGAAGCAACGCGUGGCCACGGCGCGACAGAGGUGUCUGGAGGAGACUGGACGCCCAAUCGAAGGCCACGCGAAAGAGUACCUUGUGGAGGGUCUCGAGCCAGAGGAGAUUGCCCCGAACCUCGACGACGCUCUCCACAGAUUCAUCGACGCCAUUUGCCCUGUGGAGCUUGGUCCCACUGUGCCUGAAGGUCCCUCCGACGAGGUCAAGGAAAAGAAGAGGCGGAGGAGGUCAGAGCCGAGCGAGAUGGCGAAGAAGGCAAAGAAGGCAAAGAAGACAGAGCGGCCGGACAGUGCGAAGACGACUAGCGUGUCGUCUCGAGCCAGGAAUAACCGUCGCAAGCUUCCACUUACGCUGAAUUUGGCUUCCCGUCGUUCCGUUGACCCUUCCUUGAUGGUCUCUUCGCCGUGGCGUGCUGCUACCACCAGUAUCGAAAACGACACUUUCGACAUAGCCGCCCUCGAGCGUCUGUUGCUCGCCCGCCCACUCGAGGAUUCUAUCCCGCGCGAUGGGCACUUUCCGGCAGACGACUAUGACUUCUCCAUGGAGCGCCUCUACCAGCCCCCUUCUGGGUUAGACGUCAGCCGAGGCCGCGACCCGAUGUAUGCGCCUCAGGUGCCUUACGGCGCCGAGGUCCCUUCUCUGUAUAGUCUCCCUAAAUGGCAUCCGGCGUCGCUGAUGCCGUUCGGGCUGCCCACAUAUCCCGCGACUCAGGCCGAUUUUACGAUCGAUGACGUCGGCUUCGAGGUCCCUCAAGGCGGCCACACUUCGCCUGGCUUCGAAUUCCCGUUUGACUUCGCCCCCGACGUCUGGAACGCACCCCCGACCGGCGGUCAUCUCCCCCAGGCCACUGACCCGUCCACCAUGCACGGCUUUCACCAGGCAACCCUUGCGUCGCCGGCUGGGGACGUGCUGCAUUUGCCGUCGCCGGCCGCUGCAGGCCCAUCCACCUCAAACUACGACUCCCUCGCAGCCCAGUCUCGUCUUCCCGAGUGGCACAUGCGAUGUGGAGUCCUUCCCGACUCCUCAGGUGUCUCCGAGAUGGAGCAGAUCGUCGAAGUCGGGGCACUGGCAAAUGUUGGCGAACAAUAUUUGGCCCCGACGUCGUACGUUCCUGCAUGUUACACCAUGCACAUGACGUAAAAUUAUAUUUUUUCCUCGCCGUGACAAUGCGUACCUCAAGAACGCGUGUCAUACAUUGCAAGUUAGUUUCAGGCUGACCAAGCUAAUGCCUUGUGCCGAGUUUAUUUAUCUAUUGUACUCAAUGUGGAAACUAGUUAGUCGUCUGUACGCUUCGCUCCGUUCUU